ACCUCUCUCUGUUUUUUAUUUCCUCUUUUUCUCAGAGGCCAUUACUGUAAACCCAAGAUAAAGAAUUACUCCCUAAUUGAAUUUCUUUAUAUCUCAUUUUUAACCUUUCUUCAGUUUUCUUGAAUUUGAACUUUGAACUCAAUAUCCCGCCUCUCUUCCAUCUCAAUCUCCAUUUUCUUUCAUCAAGAUCCUGUCUUGAUCACAUUCUUGAAUGUUCUUAUAGCUGUUGAAUGCAGAAACAAGGUAAAUGAGGGGGUUCAACUAAAAGUAAAUUGACUAGCUUAAUUCCAUGCCCCCCACACUUACUAUGAAGAGAGAAAAUUCAGUAAUCUCAGCUGCAAUUGAGCCCAUGGUUCGAGUUACAAGAUCUCGAGCUGCUGUCUCUGAAAAAUCCAUGGUUGCUAGCACUGGAGAACUGCCAAAGCAGCGGGGCCAGAAACGUGCUCUGCAGAUAAGUUCUGACCCGGCAAUCCUUAGGGUGAGGAACAAGAAUGUUCCACUUACUUCCUGUGUGGAGCAGAAAUGUCGGCCAGUGCUUAAGGAUGUCACAAAUCUAUGUUGCAACACUUCAAAUGGAGAUGCUGUGAAAGUCCCAAAGAAGAAGAAGAUCAUGCGGGUUGGAAACAGCUCAAUGAAUGUGUCUACCACUUCUGUUGACCCUGAAGUCUCUCAAUUUCCAGCCAAGUUACCACCAAGGAGUAGCCUUAAUCAAAGUUGCUCAGACAGAAAGUCGCAUGAACAACAAGGAAAUGCAGUAGAAAUCAAAGGUUUUCCAAGAAAAAGCAUAGUUAGGAAAGCUGUUCCUGAUGCAGCACUAUCAACAUCAACAAAGUUGGACUUCAUAGACAUUGAUUCUGAUAAAAAAGAUCCACUACAAUGCAGUCAAUAUGCUCAUGAUAUAUAUAACAAUUUACGGGUUGCAGAGCUAAUUAGAUGGCCGCUUUCAAAUUUCAUGGAAACACUCCAGCGAGAUAUCACAGAAAGUAUGCGUGCAAUCCUUGUCGACUGGAUUGUGGAGGUGUCGGAGGAAUAUAACUUGGUGCCAGAUACACUCUAUCUUGCUGUUCACUUUAUCGAUCUAUUUCUCUCUAAAAACUAUGUGGAAAGGAAAAACCUCCAGCUCCUUGGAAUCACUUGCAUGCUAGUUGCCUCGAAAUAUGAAGAGAUGUGUGGUCCACGUGUUGAGGAGUUCUGUUUCAUCACUGACAAUGCUUACACGAAAAAUGAGGUAGAAUACUGCUCUUUCAAGUUCUCACAACAGGAUCUAGAAUUUCUGCAUUACGUGACGAACAAGGGUGGGAAGGACAAGCACAGUUCCUGCAUAGUCCUGGCAAUGGAGAUUCUUGUUCUGAACUUUCUAGGUUUCCGACUCUCAACUCCAACUGCAAAGACCUUCCUCAGGAGAUUUAUAAGAGCAGCACAAGCUUCUUACAAGAAUCCCAAUUUGGAGCUAGAGUUCUUGGCUAAUUAUCUCACCGAACUGACAUUGCUCGAAUAUGGCUUCUUGAAAUUCACCCCGUCUGCUAUUGCUGCAUCAUCUGUAUUCCUUGCGAGAUGGACUCUAGAUCAGUCAAGCCACCCAUGGAGUCCAACACUGGAGCACUAUACCUAUUACAAGGCUCAACAUCUGAAAACCACAGUUAUUGCACUACAAGGUCUACAAUUGAAUAUAAAUAACUGCCUUCUAAAUGUCAUACGUGCUAAAUACCGACAAGAAAAGUUCAAGUCAGUCGCGUGUUUGUCUUCGCCAAAGCUGCUUGAGACAUUGUUCCAAACAUGAAACUUGAAGAUACAAGACUAACCAAAUGAGGCAGCAAAUGCUGAAGCAGAUGAGAUAUUCUAUAAAGGGGCUUUUUUGCAACUUGGCUCCUCCCUAGGCUUUUUUUAUGAGAGUAACUGAUUCAAAAUUCACAUUGAGUGUUCCUUUUGUCCACUCUUUUGCUGUAAAGGCUUUGACAUACUAGAAAUAGACUUAAAUGAGCAACUUUAGCAGUAAAAAAUGAGCAACUUCCUCAGUUGUAAUUCAAGAAAAUCAUGCAGGUGAUUCUUUACAUGCUAGUUUUUUCAACCCUGUUACCUUUGCCAGCUUUUGUAAUUUAGAAUGAUUUGUCUCAAUCUUCUAUAUAUAUCAUUUGCUUAUCAAAAAAUUUUAUCCCUAA